AUGGAUCCCUCGCAGUGGCGGGAUUAUUACAGCGACUUGGGCGUCAGGCCCACUGCCACAUCGCAAGAAAUCGGCCGAGCAUUUCGGGAAUUGGCGAGAACCACCCAUCCAGACAAAAAAGCACCCGGAGAACGUAGCGACUCUGGCGAGUUUCGAAAGAUUCGUGAAGCCUAUGAGUUUCUUGAGGAUCCAGCAAAGCGCCGCAGGUACGACGAGUCCUACCGCGACUCAAAGAGAUCCUACGACAGACAUCGCCAAUGGCAAGAAGCCGAGGCCCAACGCCAGACUGAGGCCGAGGCACGACAAGAGAGCGACGAGGAAGACCAGCGAAGAGAGGAAGGGAAGCAGCGCAGAGAAGAGAAGCGACAGCAGAGAGAGGAAGCACGCAAGCAAGCCCGGCGAGAAAGGACCAAAAGGCGGAGGGCUGCGCGGAGAGAGGCCAAGAAGGAGCAAAGAGAGACCGAGCAGCGCGAGGCUCGACGACGCAAGCAGCAGAGCAUCAACGAUCGGCGAAGAAACCAGCAGAAGGAAGCAAAUGCGCAAAGACAGGAAGAUCAAGCAAGAUUCGAUGCCCUUCAACAAGAGGCAGUACGAUUGGCUGAAGCUCGCCUCGAGCAGGACAGACGAGAAGCGCAACAGAGAGCUCGCGAAGAUGCAUGGGCGACUUACUUGACAGCUGAGAAAGAUCGGCUGGCCCUCAUAGCUGAGCAACAAAGAGCUGAGGCCAUCAGAAUACAGGAAGAAGAAAAGGCCGCGGCAACCAAGAAGCAAGAGGAAGAUAGCCGACAAGCUCAUUGGAAGGCGGAGCAACAGAAACGUGAAGAUCAACAAAGAGAAGAGGAGCAGAAGCGAGAAGCGUUUCGCAAGGUCGCUCAGAAGAAUCGACAGCUCAGAGAAGCAGAAAUGAAGAAGCGAUGGGGGCAACUGAGACUUGAAGAGCUGGAAGCCGCGCAGGAGGAAGCAAAAUUAUGGAAAGAGAAUUCUGCCAGAGAGCGUCAUCGUCUGCGCCAACUCGAGACUAAGGAGCGAUCGAAGAAGAUGGCGAAGAUGGUCAGACUGUAG